AGAUAUCGAACAAUAGCAAGGAGACCCGGUCAUCCCUUUGGGUUAAGCAUUGGCAAAAUUGGUUUCUGAGAAAUGAGCGAUUGCUAUCAUCAUUAAAGCCACGGUAAUCUGUGGAAUUGUACUAGGUACGGAAAUCGUCUACAGCAAUCAAUCAGACAAGGAGUAUGACUAGAAACCAUGAUAAUGCAUCUAGGAGCAGGAGCAGGAAGAGGAAAAAUAGUUGUGGUGGGGUAGCCUCAGCCUGGUCGUGGUCAGAUGUUACCCAUGACGUGCUUUAUUUAGUUAUGAUGCGACUAGCGGGAGUUGUUGAAUUUCUUUCAUUCAGCGGAGUUUGCAAAUCAUGGAGGUCACUCGCACUCUCUAACAGGAAGAUGUUUAUGGCAUCCAAACCACCGAUGCUAAUGUUUAUAUCUCCUUGUGGUAAUAACAAAACCUGCCUCCUGCAGGACUUUGAAGGAAGAAAGUUCAAAACCAUGAUUCCCCAAUUGGGUGGCAGGGAGUGUCUUGGAUUAAGCUGUGGUUACCUGAUUUUGUUCGGGGAGAAAACCCGUGACUUUUGGCUUGUGAAUCCUAUCACACGUCAUCAACUUCAUUUCCCUAAUGUCCCCACCAUUAAGAUUGACAAAGAAAUCACGAUCAGGAUCAGGGCUGUCCUUGUCUUUUCACCUUCACUAAAUAGCUGGGUAUUUGUCAUGACAAGUAGAGCGACAUAUGAAAUAUGGUUUUCUAUAGCAGAAGAAGGUGAAGGUAAAGGAGGAGCAUGGAAUUGUGUUUCCUCGAGUUUCCGCAUCAUUGAUAUACACGCUUUCAAGGGGAAGAUAUAUACCCUAACUUAUGCUGGUGAUUCAUGGCUACGGAGACAUGUAUGUGAAUUGCGACUAGAUCCACCGGUGCCUAAAUUAACAUUACUCGAUACACAUUUUGUGGGUUCAACUUCCUGCGUUUUUAAUUUUGUAAGUUGAGACGAAAACCUUUAUGUGAUGCAAUGUGUGUCGAGAUAUGCAUACAUGGUUCACAAACCUGUAGGAUUAGGAUCUCAACUGAAUUGUGUUUGGGCGCCUUGUGAAAAGACAAGACAAGAAUAUGCAUUGUUUCAUAGCGGCUUGAAGUUUAGUGUUGCUGUAAAACCAGAGUCAUGGCCAUCAUCAUCAUCAUUCUUUUGAUGCUAACAGGCGUGGAGACAGAUUCUAUAGUGCAAAAGGGUGGUACUUCCCCCAUGCUUGUUUGAAUGUAAACUACUAUACAUAAUCACAUACUCUCAUAGAUGAGAGUCAUGUUGGACUUGUUAUUUAUUUAUUUUUUGUUUUCAUAUCGAUCCUUGAACCAAUUUUAAACAUAUUUAUUCAUUUGAAUUUUAUAUGUUUCUCUGUAAGUAAA